AUGAAGUUAAUUAUUGUUGUAUGUCUAUUCUAUGUGAUUAAGAAUAGUGUUGAAAUUAAUAAUUUAACAGCAACAUCCGAUUUAAUGAAAAAUAAUUAUAAAUUAUUUGUUUUUGAUCAAAUGAAUUUUCCUGGUUUUCUUCAGCAAUUAUUUAAAUUAAAAACAAAUACUCAACAUUUACUCACAUUUUCAAUAUCAACAUAUGAACGAAUUAUCGAUAUUGAUAUAUCAAAUAAAACACCAGCAGUAAAUAUUAAAUUGAAUAUUGAACGAGCAGAUUUAUCUUAUAAUACUCAUAAAAUUAUAUUUAUAUUGCUCAAACAAAUGAAAUUAGAAACAUAUGUCAAUUGUAAGUUAAUAGAUUCAUAUUAUCUAUAUUCAGAUAUUGGUGAAACAUUUGACAUUGUAUCAAUAUCAAAUGGCAUUAAAUUGUUAAAUAUUUCAUCGGAUGAUGAUAAUAAAUCAAUAUUUGAACAAUUUGGUUGUAAAAAUCUUCCAUAUGACAGUAAUAAUUUAAAUAAAACAUCCAAUUCUACCAUCAGUCGACCGUUAAUACGAAAAAUGCAACAUGUUAUUGAAAAGGUACAAAAACGCAAACAACGUUCAAGAAGACAUGGUAACAACAAUAGUUUACAAUCAACAUCAUCCGCUGAUAGUAUAACAAUUAUUUAUAAACCUAAUAUAAUUCAAAAUCAAAGUGGAAUUAAAACAGUCGUAAAUUUAACACAUUAUAAAUUUCAAAUAUCAUUUUAUCAUACCGAACGAUUAUUUCAUAUAAGUACAAAUGAUAAUCGAACAAAUUUAAUUCUAUAUGGUGAUAAAACAAAUGAUAUACAAAAAAAUUCAUCAUUAUUAACUGAUAUUUUAUUUUUACAUAUUACACCAACAACUAUCACAUGUUAUGUUAAUUGUGAAUUAACCGAUUCUGAAUAUGUUAUUGAUUAUAAUUAUUUACAUUUUCUAAUUAAACAAACAGCAGCAAUAACAGCAAGUGAAAAUAAUAAUAAUCAUCGUCAACUAGUAUAUGAUAAACAAUCAACAUUAAUUAUAUACAAUCAAUCAAUUGAACAAAUAGCUUCAAAUUUUUUAUGUUUAAGAUUGGACAAGAAAAAUGAAGAAUUAUUACCAGAUAAAUAUGCAUUAAGGUGA